AUGGUGAAAACAGACUUUGGCCCUUUCCCUCGACCGGAUCAGCUGAAAGGAAAAAAGUACUGCAAAUUCCACAACUUGUGGAACCAUAACACAACUGAUUGCGUGAAGCUAAAAGACCAAAUUCAGGUAUGGUUGAAUAAUGGCAGUUUGCAGGUAGAAGCUUCGGCGACCGCGGCAGCAAUAGUAGACCUGAACCCUUUCCCGGAUACUGGAGUUGGUAUGGUUGAUGUGAACUGGCCCAAGAAGAGCCAGAGGAAACCAACCCUAGAUUUGACUACAAAGGGGAGAGAAGAAAGGGAUGAAGGGGAGGAAAACCUUGUAAAGAAGAAAGUUAAGCCCAUUAGCGAAGCCUCACCAGUAGUCCUUUGCUCGCGGUGUAAAGAAGAACGCAGCAUCCAAGUGUCGCACGUAGAGGUCGAGCAAACCUUUCGUUUUGGUUCCCUCCAGCCAAUCAAAUAG